AUGGAUUUCGUUGACAACUUGAUGGAAGAUGAAGCGGAGAAAGAGACGCUUCUUGCCAAACCCACUUGCUUCAUCAUAGUUGGAAAACCGGGUAUUGGCAAAUCCACUUUGGCCAAGAACAUUGCAGAGUCCUGGAAGUGUAUCUAUAUUGAUGAUACAGAUGUUCUCAACACACACAUACAAAAUAGAACGAAGGAAGGUUUAGAGCUCUUAGUUAUUUUAUCUGAGGGGUGGAUCUUACCAGAAGACAAGGUGCUGCAGCUGAUUCUUGACAGGCUCGACUCACGAGAUGUGGAGCACUAUGGAUAUGUGCUGAGCUGCCUGCCGAUCAUGUCUGAGGAGUGUCUGAAGAUUCAUGAGCAGGUUGCAACAAUCAAGAACCUCAAGCUGACACCUGAUUUCAUCAUUAAUAUCAAGUGUGCAGACAAGGACCUGGCCGAGAGGCUUGCAGGUCUGAAGCAGUACCCAGAGACAGGGCAGCUAUUCACAAGGGACAAGUGGCAGUGUGAAGAUGUGUACAUCAAGAGAAAAUACAGCAAGGAUAAGGCAAUGGAGGAUAAAGGGGUGCAGGAUGCUGGAAAGGGACUCCAAAGGGAUGUUAUUUACCACUUGGUGUGGUCGCCAGAGAAUUCAACCAGAAACGCUUUAAUAAGAAUCAACAUGUACAAAGAUACAGUGCUUAAACCACUGGAGGACUACAUGGCAGCCCACAACCCCCUCUACCGGAUGGAGCUGGAUGGAAACAACACACCUGAAGAGCUUUACUCUUAUGUAAUGUCCCGUCUUGGAUCAUUGGCUAUUAAACGUGUCUCCAUUCCCAUCCUCCUCCACAAACCUGAUGAAGAAUUGCCAGAAGAGGCUGAUACGGCGGACCUAUUGAGACAUAUGUCCUCCAGCAAUCCGGUGGCCCCUGGCUUCAGGUGGAGAAGGAGCCGCUGGGGCUCAACCUGCCCUGUUGCUCUGCAGGAGGGCCGGGUUGUUCCUGGACAACCUGAGCUAUCUGUCAGCUUCCAGGACAAACUGUACAUCCUCUCAUCUGCGGAGGCAUACCAGAAGUUUGUCACAAACCCCAGACAGUACUUACUCCCUCCAAUGCCCAGGCCCCCUUGCAAGGUUUCUAUCGUUGGACCCCCUCAGUCAGGAAAGACCACCUUAUGUAAGCUUCUAGCGCAUCACUACAAUGCAUUGGUGCUUGAUACAGAGGACCUGGUGCAGCCAAUUCUGGCCAAGAUUGAACAGGAGGAGCACACUGGAUGGGUGCUUGACAACUUUCCCAGCAACCUCUCCCAGUGGGAUUUUUUAAAUCAAGGUGAAAUCCUGCCACACAUCAUCUUUUGUCUCAAAGACAGUGGUGAACAUGAUGAUGGCCCAGAGAUGAAGGACUACAAACUGCAACUCAAGCAGUUUGUGUCUGAAUGGGAAGAAAUGGAGAUGGUUUUAACUACUGCCAUCUUAAUACUGGAGAUUGAUGGAAAAAGCCCAGAGGACUUGCUUCAAGAGAUAAUCUUUCACAAGGAGAAGCCCUUCAAGUAUGUUCCCUGGGAGCUGUCACAACUAGACCUGUUUGAGGAGGAAGAGGAUAUGGAGGCGUUAGCUGAGUUGGAGAAACCUGAUGAAAACAGCAUUGACAAUAAAGCGCCAGAUGAUGAGGAUAAGGUCAGUAAACUGAGGAGACCCCGUAGGAGAUCAUUUGGUGAUACUCUUCAUUUCUGUCCUGUGGCCUUUAAAAACCAAAACGUCCUGUGGCCCUGUACGGAUGAGAUUGCAGCCAAAUACCGGGAGAAGAUCUUCUACUUCUCCAGGCCAGAAGCGAGAGACACCUUCCUUCAAAAUCCAACACAAUUUGUUGCAAAGACUGAGCCUCUCAAGCCUCCUGCCCUUCGGAUCCUUUGCCUCGGUACCCGAGGGUCAGGAAAGACCUCUCAUGGUGAGUGGCUCGCCCGGCAGCUUGGUCUCUUCCAUGUUCAGUUCAGGGUGCAGCUCCAAAUGCUCCUAAUCGCCAAGACAAAGAAGCAGGUGCCUUAUGCAGAUGAAGUAGAGCCCGUCGACGAGACUCUACAGGAACUGGUCACCCAGAUACAGGACGCCAGGGAGGAGGCUGGAGAGGAGGAGGAGGAGGUGGUGAAGGAGGAUACCUCUGAUGAUGACAUUCAGCAUGUGGCACUGACUGAUGCGGAAAACGCCAUAAAAUACUACCUAUCUGAUGGAGAUUCACUACAUCCAAAUAUCCUGGAAAUGGUUAUUGCACCAUUCUGGGAUCAAGAACCAUACAUAUCCACAGGUUUUAUUUUGGAGGGCUUCCCACAUCAUUCCGAAGAGGUGCAGUUCAUGCUGGAUGGACAGCUUUUUCCUGACGUCGUAGUAACCAUGAAGGUGGAUGUCAAAGAUGUUCAGAAACGUCUGUUGCCGGCAUACCUGAAGAGGUGGCGUAAGCGCCGCGACCACCGGCAAGCACAGAUGAAAAUUCUUCAGGAUCUUCGCAAGAAAAUCAGGGAUGAGAAAAUGGUCUGGAGACGGGCUGAACUCACCGCAGAGGAUGAUGAAGAUGAGGAUGACGAAGUCGAUGAAAAGGAGGAACCAGGAGACAUGGCGGCUAAGAUAGAGGCCAUACUGGAAGUGGAGUUUCCUUUGGAUGGAGACAACGAAGACUCAGAGAUCGAGGAGAAUGAGGAGGCAGCUAUCGAGCGGCUGAAGAUGGAGAUCGAGCAGCGUUUUGCAACAGAUGAAGAUGACCUUACAACUGUAACGGAGCUGCUGAGUGAGCAAAACAUUCCCAGUAUCUCUAUCAGUGCCUCUCGCAAGCCGCGCUUUGUGAGGAAUCAGCUGCUCCAGAAGUUACAGCCUCUGCUGGUUAACAGGCAGUCACUUUUCCAAACAUGUCAAGCAAUCACAUACACCCUGGCACCAAGGCUGCUGCUAUUUUCAUACAAGCUCCACAGUGCCUUUGGCUGCUUGGAUCCCAUAAAGCAAUACAGAGAGAGAGACUUAAUCCAGCCUCUGCAGUGGCCUCUGGAUACCACACAUCCCGUAAUCUUCAAUCAGUAUAUCUACUUCUUUGAAUCUGAGGAGAACCGUAACACAUUCAUGCUUAACCCUCUGAAGUACCUUAGGCAGCCCAAGCCCACCCAAUCCCUGCCUGUUAAACUAGCAGUCGUUGGACCACCCAAAUCUGGGAAAACCACUGUGGCGCAGAGCUUUGCUCAGAAGUAUGGCUUGGCGCGGCUGUCCAUUGGCAGAGCUAUACGUAUGGUGCUUGAAAUUCAGGAGACCACAGAUCUGGCUGUCCAAGUGAAGCUGCUUCUCUCCCAGGGCCUUAUGGUGCCUGAUGAACUGGCCAUUCAGUGUCUGGAGGUGGUUCUCUUGAACUCAGUCUGCAGCACCCGAGGGUAUGUUUUGGACGGCUUUCCUAUUACACUUAAGCAGGCGGAGCUCAUGGGUUCUCGAAGCAUCAUCCCCAUGAUAGUAAUUGAGCUUGAGCUGGACACAGUGGAGGUGCUAAGAAGAGGUCACAUGGACCAGAUAAAACCCAACAAGCCUCACCUGAUGCAUGACAGCUCUGAGAUACAUCACAUUCGUACCGCCCAUUACAAGCAAGAGGUGGAGCAGGUGAGGAAAUAUUUCCAGUAUCAAUAUCGGAACUGGAUCGUGCUUGAUGGCUUUAAGAGCAAAUGGUGGAUCUGGAGCAAGAUUGUAAAGGAAGUCAGUAUCAGCAUGUCAUACAUCGACAACUUCCUGGAGAGGACACUCAGCGGUCAAGCUGCCAGCAUCGACAGGAUGUGCAUCACACCAGAGGAGCUGCAGCAUCGGCUUGAAGAGUUUGGCCAUUACUGCCCAGACUGCUUGGCUAUAAAUUAUCACCUGACGGACUGCUCAGAAACUGUAGCUUUGACUCAUGCGGCUGAGUACAGAGGAAAGCUUUACAAGAUGUGUGGCAAAGAGCAUUUAGAGAAAUUCCUGUCCUCUCCAGAAAAAUUUGUGACUCCGAGGUGCCCAUACCCUCUCCCAGAACCCCACAUGCUGCCAAGUAAACUAACUGAGAUUCAGGUGAAGAACAAGUACCCACAGCUAGUUCAGAUGAUGGGCUUUUGUCCUGUCACUUACCUGUGUGGAAAGCAAAGGUAUGAAGCCCUGGUUCAAGGAAAGAUGGAGUACGCAGUGGAAUACAGAGAACAGUUCUAUUUUUUCCGGUCGAAACGGGAACAGGACAUGUUUUUGAGGAGUCCUGAAACAUUCUGGGACCAGAAGCUGCCCGUUAAAGUCCCUCCUCUUUGUGACCCUGUACCCCUCACCGCCCUUCCAACGUUGGGUUACCUGGAACAGGCUGUGGCAGUAGCGAUCAAUAAGGCCAUGACAGCUGCGGGGUGCCUCAAACCAAAGUAUCCCUUUGUCAGCAUACAAAGAUCAGCAGUCCUCUAUGUGGGCUUCUAUCUCAAAGCUACCAACGAGAAGAGCGAGGAAUACAUUCGCCGGAUGCAUAAAGCCAACCUGACCGUGUAUGAAAAGAGCUGCGCCCUUCUCCCCUACCUGAGUUCAGCAAUGAGAGGGCGCUACAAGCAGCCCAGUGAACGUCCCAUUGACUUUGAGUCCAAAAUGAACGAGUUCCAGGCUUUGAAAGGCUAA